UAACGCAGCGGCCUUUCCCGUUCCCAAAUCACGUGAUGCGGAGAGAAUCUUCACCGCUGCCAGAUGGACGUUUCGCACGCUCCAUGUGGCCCGGGUAGUUUCUGAAAGCAUCAGCAUGGAGAUGAUGAAGAUAGAGCAAGUCAUUGUCGGGGGUGAGAAGAGAUCCACCUCAGCGGAGAUCAAGUCUGAGCCCGCGGUCGUCCCUCUGCAGUCCUAUCAGCAUGAGAGUCUGCAGUGUUUUCAGUGCUUCAUCACUUUCUGUAACUCCAAAGCCAAGGAGAGACACAUGAGGAAGAGUCACCGGGACCAAUACAAGCUGCAGCUUCAGCAGACUGAUACAGUCUUCACUUGCUAUAAGUGUGACAAGAGCUUCUCCUCCUCUGAGGAGCUCAGCCAGCACCAGGCUACCCACAGCAGAGAGGAGAAGCCCUUCCGCUGUCCUUACUGCCGGAAAAACUUCUUUACCUUCACUGAGCUGAACAAACACAGACGACAUGAGUGCAUAGAACGACGGUGUCCCUGCAGGGACUGUGGCGCUUUGUUCCCCAGUCCUUCACGACUUCGUAACCAUCGCAUGGCAAUGCACCCCCAGCACCCGGUAGUGGCUGAUGACAUCAACACCUACCAAUGCUGCAAAUGUGGUCGUGGUUUCCAGACAGAAGAGGAGCUUCUGCAGCACCAGGAGAGAUUUGCUAGUGAACUAAACUGUGACGUUAAGCCGCAAGGAAAAAAACGGGGCCGUAAACCCAAGAACGCCGCUCAAGGAGGGAGGAUUGACAGCAAGAAGAUCAAAGAAGAAGAGGGAGCAGAGGAAUGCGAACCCUGCGGGCACACAAGAGGCACAGGCAUGGGGCUCCACCUCUUAAGGCUCACACAUGCACAGAGUGUGAUGAGAGCUACUCUCGACCUGAACAGCUCAAAACACACAUGGCCAGGGCUCACUGCUCUGGAUACACCUGCCCUACCUGUGGAGAGAGCUUUGCACGAGAGAGACUCCUAAAGAUCCACCAGAACACCCACAUGGAGAGAGAGGAGGUAGCAGAAAAAAGAUAAUACAUGGGGAAAAGAAUUCAACUUCAUCCUACAUCAUUCAGUUAAAUGAUUGUCUUUCUCACCAUAUUAUGUUUAGUGUAGGUAGAAUAUUUAUAUGUAAAUAUUUUUGAAGCAAGGUUAUGCAACACAAUUCAAUUAUGGAGGUUGUUUCUGGAAUGCCUGUUCCAAUUGCUUUUAGAAAGCAAUAACUAAAUAAAAUUCUGUACUGAUCUGUAAUUAUGAUGUAUGCCCACUAUAAGCUCAUGUCUCAAAGCCUUAUUUGCUGUCCGUAUUACCUCUAUUGUACCUGAAAUGUUUUAUAUUCAUUGUAGGUCACUACCGUAUUCUCCCUCAAGUGUGGGAAUUACAUGGAGAAUGUAAGUCCUAAAUGUAAUAAGAUCCAACAUCCGAUAAAUGGGCAGUGUAUAAGAUUCUGUACUAUUGGCCAUCAAUAAUGUGAUUUUGGGGUCUUUUUUUUCUCUUUCCAAAAAUAAAUAAUUGUUUAAUUUAUAAUA